ACAAAAUGGUAGAAGACUCCGGUUUACAAGAAAACCUUCGUCAUCUACGUUGGGAAGAGAUCAGUAAGUCUUUCCAUGACAAAGGAAGUACAUUUUCACCACAACAAUGUAAAGACAAGUUUGAUAAGAUCAGAAGCACGUGGCUGGCAUUUUACAAGAAGAGGGCCAAAGUUGGUCGUGAGUCUUAUGGUUUGGAGAUUGACGACAACACCGGGAUGCUAAUUGGUACCGUGCCAGACAUGUCAGCCCACCUCGAUGAGGCUGGUAAAAGGGCAUUUAAAUGCUUCUUGGCAGAUCCGGACCUCUUCGACAAGUGCACGGACAUAUUCAUCAAGCACACUUCCAGAGCAGCUUUAACCUAUUCGAAGUAGAUAACCGGUAGCAGCAAGCGGGGUGCCGAUGAAAUGCAAACUUCCACUUUGCGGAAUCAGAGACAGAAGACUGACGACGUGGCGAAGGUUCCUUCUUUUACGGAAUGCUAUCAUAUAUUAAAGGCCAUACCAGACUUAGGUGCCGACGUCGUG